AUGGCCUGUCCAAGCUUUUGGCUCAAUCUGCAGGUUGGACCCAAGGAGAGCAGCUGGGAUCAGUUCCGCAUGAGCGGCAUCUCCUUUGAUUCUGCAGCGGGCCUUGGCGGGCAGCUCCGUUUCUUGAAGGAGACGCCUACGAAGUCGACGAAGGGUUCAGCAAGGCCUUUGGCAGGACUUGACGAGUGGCAGCUGGCCGCAAAAGUCCAGGAGCUCGUGCAGAAGCUCUUCCGCGUUGGAGCUGGUAUGGUGGGUCCAAGACAUCCUUGGAGAUGUUCGGGGAUGAUUGGUUCAAGCUUGCAUUUCUAG